AUGUCCAGCUCCAGCGCAAAAGUCUUUCUAACACGAUUUUUCUUCGGAGAUGGCGUUAGCGGUGCCUAUUUCGACAGAGUUGUCAACGCGGCUAAUAUGGUUCUUAGCUCUGUUUUAAUUUGGACAAUUUUCACGUUAGUAUUUAAUAAUAACAUGCCAUUAGUUGUUGUUCUUUCCAACUCCAUGGAACCAGAUUUUAUUAGAGGUGAUUUACUUUUAGCUGUAAGCCCACCACCAGGCUCAAUGUUCCCGAAUGGUGAGAUUUGUGCAUACAAUAUUCGUACAUCUCCAGUUCCAAUUGUCCACAGAAUGAUAGAAACCCAUAAAUAUGGCCAACAUAAAUUAAUUCUUACAAAGGGUGAUAAUAAUCCAACUCCCGACAACUUCCUUUAUCAGCGUGGUGAAGAAUUCUAUUACAAUGACAAUGUAGAAACACAGCUUGUUGCUGUUUUACCAAAAUUAGGCUGGGUUUCGAUUGUUGUUAAAGAAAAGAAGAGUGUUGCUGUAGUCUUCAUUAUAAUCUUGUUCUGGAACUCUUUCCGCGAUCCUGAUAGCUAA